GUAACAACGGAGACCGGUGGAAUUGGAGAAUGAAGAGGGACACUUAAACGAGGAAGGAAGGUGGGGAAGCAGAAAUCGGGGGUAGUGUGAGAGAUGAGCAUGGCGACUUGCCUUCGCCUUCGAAGAUGCGUAACUAUCGAUUCGCGCUCUCUCUUCGUUUUCUCCGCUAGGUUCUCCUCCUCCUCCUCUUCUUCAUCUUCGUCGUCGUCGUCGUCGUCGUCAUCUUCCGGUAAGUCAAAGACGGGGAAGAAGCUCAUGGAUCGUCUUUCGGCCGUCAUUGACGCCGUCAACGAUUGCAAACUACCUCCCGAGCUACGUGGCCAGCGCAACCAUGUCAGGUCAGAAACUGACAUGAUCAAUGUUGUUGAGCAAAGAAUAUGGCAUUCCAUGGAAGAAGGCCAGUUUGAGAACUUGCCUGGGAAAGGCAAGCCACUUAAGCUUGACACAAAUCCUCAUGCAGAUCCAGCUGAAGACACCUUGUACCGAAUCCUGUCAAAAAAUGGAUGUGCACCUGAGUGGGUUGAGCUUAACAAAGAGAUAAGAUCUAAAAUAUCUGAAUGGAGGGUAUCCUUGAAGAAAGCUUGGGGUACUAAAUGCAGUGGAGAUCACUCUAAGUGGGUUGAAAGUUCAGAGGCUUUGAAAUUGCAGUUGCAAGAAAUCAAUGAUAAGGUUUUCCGGUAUAACCUCAUUGUACCUUUUGGUCGGCAAAUGUUUGGCUUUAAGUGGGAGAAAGAGCUCGGUUAUUUAGAAGAAAAAUGACCCCUACUGUUAUUAGAAUUUGAGCCAGUUGGCUCACUGUUGUAGAAGAUCAAAUUUUGUUAUUUUCCUGAAGGGCAGCCGUAGCAGGUGACUAAUCAACUGAGUUAAGUUAUUUGUUUCAACUAUCGUUGAUUACUUUUAUGUCUUAGCAAUGGCUAGACACAGGCCAAGCCACAUCUGCUUCAGGUUAUGAUACCUCUUCCAGGUUUAGUAUGGCUGUAUUUAUAUGGUUUAUUACCUCCGAUCAGUGUUCCUUCUUCCUAUAUUUUCCAUGUACAACCUAAGGAAACAAGAAAAAAAGUAGUGAAAAUAUAUGAGAACACUACAAUACUAGUUGUCAUGAAAAUUGUAUUAUAAUAGUCUGUUUUGCAGAAGGCAAUGGGAUAUUCUGCACUUCCAAUUGAUCACCCGGCCUUGAUUAUAGAAAUUCACAUUCCCCAAAUCGUUUUUUUUUUUUCAUUUAGAAGGAGGCGAUUGUUAACAUUAUAAGCACUCAACAUCACCUAACUGCAAAUUAUGUGGACAUCUUUUAAAGUUUAAGAAAAAAUAUCUAGAGGCUAUUAUCUUUACCAUUUCUUGGGACAGAUGAAAUGUAAUCGAUGUUGAAGAAAAACCAUAAUUAGCGCAUUCUCUUAUUGUAAUAUGGCCUUUGUUUUUCAAACAAAUUAGCAUUUUGAUAGGUUUUUUAUACUGUCCUUUGCAAUGGUAUACUUGAUCAACUUCAACCAAUGAAAAGGGGAAAAAGGGAGAGAGAAGAAAAGGAAGUCAAUGCAUUUUACACAUUUCCGAAACACAAAAUUGGGAUCCUUUAUUAGGGAUGAUAUUACAAGUUACAUCACGUAGUUUUUGAAAUAUAAUAUGGAUGAAAGUAACGCAAAAGCUAGGUGUAGAUCAGUUGUGAAUAACUCUUUUCUAGAUGGUCUGAAACAACAUAAAAAUGAAAACAUUUGUAUUGACCGAUGACAACUAUAUUGACAAGAAUGAACCAAAAAUCAAUUACAUGCUCUACAAACAAGGGAGUUACAUUCUUAUUUGUCGUAUUCCUUAUGUGAUGCCUCAUAUAUUUGAUGUUUUAGCUGCAAGAUGUCUGAGACUUCUCCUGUGGUAAGCGGUACGCAGCUUCUUGUAUUUCUGUAAGAAAGCUCCAAGGUCAAUCUCUCUGUCAAGGACUUGCUGGUGAAGAUUUUCAGAUUCCUCUUCUGUCUUAUUCAUAGCCUCUGUGAAAUCAUUAUAUAGAAACAGGUAGGUCAUAAGUUAAUCAUAAAAUAUCGUGAAUAUAAUAAUUAUGAAUCUAUCUCAGUAAGUGGUACCUUGAAUCUUUUGGAAAAGGGAUACUGGGGAAUUCAACUUCAACAUUUCAUCUUUCUGCUUCUCAAGCUCGUUUAAUUUCUCUUGAGCAGCAGCUAACUCAGUCGUCCAAAUUAUUCUACACUGUUUCCAUAUGAGGAGGGAAGUUUCAAACUUUUUAAAAAAGAACCACACAAAUCAUAGGAUUAUGAUCGUACCUGGUUCCUGAGUUCCACAAUACGAGGUUCCUUUUGUAGAUUUUCCUCUGAAUUAAAAUAAAAAUUGUUUGAGAAGCUCUAAAAUAAUCAGCUGGCAGCUAACCAUCUAAUGGCAGCGCAACAAACAAAAGAAUUCAAUAACUCACCGACAAGCUUCAUAUUCUCCUUGCAAAGUUCAUCUUUCAGCUGAUCAAAUCAUUAGGUAAAAAACAGUUAAAAAUACAAGCAAAAGGACAGUAGAAUUUUCAGCAUUUACGGGGGAGGUCGGGGUGGAUGAUGCCGUCAAAGCAUUGAGUAAAGAUCUAAACAACAUUACAACUGCAUUUCCAACUUUGCAGAAGUGACUCUAGCUGAAUUCCGAGUCACCCCGACUAAGUGAUGGAACCGCUUGUGCAGUUCUACGUGGGUGUGAGUGACCCUAUGAAAUGUGCAAUUAAAAACCAUUCCAAUUGUUUGGACACAUGGAUUGCACUAUCGAUGCAGUGCUGACAUUGAUACCUAUGGCAACUAUGCAGAAUAAAAUACAAGUAGAUGACAGCCACCACAAGCUUAAGUAGCUAGUUAGAAUGCUGUGUUAUUUCCUUAAUGAUUCUUAGAACUGAUAAAAGUAGCAAGGUCCUGCACCCGAUACAAGGGGUUGGGAAGUUAAACCUAAAAAUCCUAUAGAUGAUGUUAGCUUGACUAUGGCAAUAACUUCCCCCAGUGUAACGAGGGAUUUGAACUCAACCUCGCUUUGAUGAACAUAUGUAGAACUAACCGCCUGCCACUACACAAAAAACUUAAUCUGACAGAGAAACUACCAAAGGGAUGACUUAUGAUAGGCACCAUGUGCUGAGACUGGGAUAUGUAAAAGCUCGAUUGUCUAAGGAUAAUGCUGGCCUGAUUAGGCCAACACUCUUCCUCUUUAUCAAUCAUCCAAAACCACAUGAAAGCCAUGACUCUUCCAAUUUCUAACUGUAGAUAAUAGUAGUUU